UUUUUUCAGAUUCCGCAUAUAACCGAUAUAUCUGUCUUUCUCUGUCUGGCUUUACUUCACUUAGUAUGAGAAUCUCUAGGUCUAGGUCACACUCUCCUUGAAAAGAUACAGCCUAGCUUCCUUGCUGCUAGGCCAGUGGGGAUUACUCUCUACUGGUCACACAUAGCGCCACCCACCCACCCACGCAGAGCCACAGUGCACCUGGGGGAGCAGAGAGGCCAGAUGUUCCAAACUCACUUUGCAACAGGGAUAUAUCUUCAGCAAGGAGGAGCACGAGGUCCUGGAACAGCGAAGGUGAUGCUUCCGCAGGGUCGACUUGAAAGACUCAUAUUGCCUGAGGAAGAAGCCCUGAAGAGGAGGAAGAGGAAAGAAAGAGAGUCUGGAAUGGCUCUUUCUCAGACACAGUUGACAUUCAAGGAUGUGGCCAUAGAAUUCUCUCAGGAGGAGUGGGAAUGCCUGGACCCUGCUCAGAGGGCCUUGUACAGGGACGUGAUGUUGGAGACCUACGGGAACCUGCUCUCCCUGGAUACCUCUCUUAAAUGUGUGAUCGAGGAAUCCGCACCAAAAGAGAACAGUCAUACAGGGGAAGUGUUGCAAACAGUGUUGUUGGAAAGACAUGAAAGCUGUGAGACUGAGGACUAUGGCUAUAGGGAAAUCCAGAAAAAUGAGCGUGACUUUGAGUACCAGUGGAGAAGUGACAAAAGAAAUUACAGAGGAGUGCCUGUCACCCAUAAAAAAAAUCUCACUGGUAGAAGAGAUCAACAUGGUAGAAGAGAUGAAGGAGACAAGCCUAUUGAAAACAGGCUCGGACUAAGCUUUCAGUCACAUCUGGCCGAACUGCAGAUGUUUCCAACUGAAGGGCCAUUGUAUGAGUAUCAUCAAGUUGAGAAGUCUAACAGCAGUGGUUCCUCAUUGUCAGUACUUCAGAGAAUUCUUCCGAGUGUCCAAACCAGCAUUUUUAAUGAAUAUGGGAAUGAUUUCUGGCAUUCUUCAUUACUCACAGAAGACCAGAAAGCAUACAUUAGGGAAAAACCUUACAAAUGUGAUGAAUAUGACAAAGCAGUUAAUCAUGGCUCACAACUCACUAACCAUCAGGUAAUCCACACAGGUGUGAAACCUUACAAAUGUAAUGUAUGUGGCAAAGCCUUUAAUCAGAGCUCACAUCUCACUAGACAUCAAAGAAUCCACACAAGAGGGAAACAUCACAAGUGUGAGGAAUGUGGUAAGGGCUUCAGUUACAGUUCACACCUUCUGCGUCAUCGCAGAAUUCAUACCGGAGAGAAACCCUACCAGUGUAGCGAGUGUGACAAAGCCUUUAGUGUGUAUUCAAGUCUUAUUUAUCAUCAGGUCGUCCAUACUAGAGAGAAACCGUACAAAUGUAAUGAGUGUGGCAAAGUCUUUAGUCAGAGUUCAAGCCUUACUAAUCAUCGCAGGAUUCACACUGGAGAGAAACCUUACAAAUGUAAUAAAUGUGGCAAAGCCUUUAAUCAGAGCUCCCACCUCACUCGACAUCAGGUCAUGCACACUGGAGAGAAACCCUACAAAUGCAGUGAGUGUGGGAAGGUCUUCACUCAGAACUCAAGCCUCGUAAGUCAUCGGAGAAUUCAUACUGGGGAGAAGCCGUACAAAUGCAACGAGUGCGGCAAAGCAUUUGGUGUGUAUUCAAGUCUUACUUAUCAUCAGGUCACCCAUACUAGAGAGAAACCUUACAAGUGUAAUGAGUGUGGCAAGGUCUUCAGUCAGAGUUCAAGCCUUCCUAGUCAUCGCCGGAUUCAUACCGGAGAGAAACCUUACAAAUGUAAUCAGUGUGGCAAAUCCUUUAUUCAUUGCUCAAACUUCAACAGACACAAGAAAAUCCACACUGGAGAGAAACCUUACCAAUGCAGUGAGUGUGGCAAGGUCUUCACUCAAAACUCAAGCCUCAUAAGUCAUCGGAGAAUUCAUGCUAGAGAGUAACCUGACCGAUGUAACGAGUGUGGCAAAAUAACACAAGUUCAAGCAUGGAUUGACACCAGAGAGUCCACACUAAAGAGAAGUUACAUCAGUGUAACAUAUAGGACAGAGGACUUGUACAGACUUCGCAACUCACUAGACAUCAGAUAUACAUCUUUGAUGAAGCGCAAGAAUGUAAUGUGUGUAUAAAGGCUCUUAUCUGUAGAUCAAAACUACAGAACAUUGCAAGAUUCCUACUGGAGAGCAGCUUUACAAAUGUAAUGAAUGUGGGAAGGCUUUUUAUUAAACAUUCAUGGCUUUGAUGUCAUGAGAGGAUUUAUACCUGAGAGAAACCAGGGAAAUUUUUUUUUUUUU